AUGGACUUCGGAGCCAUCGAAGAACCCGGCGAUGGCAACCCUAAGGUAGCUAAAUCUAAGCGGUACACACGCUAUAUACUUGAUCCAUUUCAAAUUUUCUGCAUCGAAAAAAGGAAUGAAUAUAUGAAGGCCCACCCCAAGUUAAAGAACUCAGGCAUAACAUCUAUGCUUGCAGGAAUAUGGAGAGAAAUGUCAGACAGCGAAAAAAUGCAAUAUAAUCUCAUUGCGAUGAAAUUACAGAAUAACAAAUGCAAAGUGGAACGUAAAAUCAAAAAGAAUCCAUCGAGGACCGACUCGAGUAAAGAUUCCAAGGGCAGCUCAACGCCGGAAAUUAGUGAGCCUGACCUAGAAGCUGACGGAAAUCCGGCAUUCAAAACUUCAAAUCCUCCCAAAAUUUAUAUUAUUAGUAGAACAGGGGUCGGAGAAGACCUAUCUGAAGUUAGUUACAAUCUCCUUAAAAUGCAAGAAAAAAGUUAUGAGGAAGAAUAA